AUGGAUCGGCAUGAGUUUGCUGCUCCAGGCGGCACUUCUACUUCCGGCGGCGGCAGUCGCCGAACUUUUUUAAAGCCUUCCGAUGAUCAUCGACCAAGAACGGGCCCGUUGGUUAUGGAAGAGCGUGGAGGAAAAGCGGUUAGCGGUGAAGAGGGCACCGUUUUCUACAAUAACCCCUACACUGGGAUGGCAAUACGAUCACAACGUGCUAGGCUUCCUAUAGCAAAAAAUAGAAACCACAUCCUCUAUGCCCUUGAAAAAUAUCAGACAUUAAUCGUUGUUGGAGAAACUGGGUGUGGCAAAAGUACACAAGUUCCGCAGUAUUUGCUCGAAGCAGGAUGGUGUGCUGAUGGAAGAAUGGUUGGUGUGACGCAGCCUCGACGAGUUGCUGCUAUUACGCUAGCUGCUCGUGUCGCAGAAGAAGUGGACACUCUCCUCGGACAAGAUGUCGGCUACAUUGUAAGGUUUGAUGAUGCCACCGAUAACGAAACGAAAAUAAAGUAUAUGACUGAUGGUAUUUUAUUACGCGAAAUGUUCACGGAUCCAUUACUUUCAAAAUACAGUGUAUUAAUGGUUGACGAGGCUCAUGAACGGACAACAAACACCGAUAUUCUUCUAGGAUUAUUACGACGAAUAAUUACUGUGCGCAGUGAUCUACGAGUUGUAAUUUCCUCAGCGACUCUGGAUGCCGAAUUGUUUCGGAAUUUCUUCGAAUUAAACGAAACUAACGAUCAAGAAAAGAACACAUCGACAAUUAUUUCCGUCGAGGGUAGAACUCAUCCUGUUACUGUGUUGUAUACAAAAACAAGCGUUCCAAGCUAUUUGACUACAACAGUUGAAACCGUUUUAAAGAUUCAUCAAGAUGAAAUGCCGGGGGACAUUUUAGCUUUUUUGACUGGUCAAGAUGAAGUCGAAGAGGUCUGUAAAAAGAUUCGCGAACAAUCAGUGCGUCUGAAAAAUUGCGAUAAGCUGUGGGUGGUGCCUUGCUAUGGAUCUCUUCCUCCACGAGAGCAGAUGAAAGCAUUUGAAAGUACUCCGCAUGGUACAAGAAAAGUAGUUAUCGCAACCAACAUCGCAGAAACGUCAGUGACGAUUCCCGGAAUAGCUUAUGUAAUCGACUGUGGUUAUGUGAAGUUGCGGGCACUGAAUCCGAAAAAUGGUAUUGAAACUUUGAUGAAGAUUCCAAUUUCAAGGUCAUCGGCUGAACAAAGGGCAGGUCGAGCUGGUAGAAUUCGACCUGGAAAAGCUUAUCGACUUUAUCCGGAGGAGCAAUUUGCCAAACUUCCCCAGAGUACUGUCCCAGAGAUUCAACGUUGCGAUUUGGCACCAACGAUUCUUCAAAUGAAAGCUUUGGGCAUUCAAAAUAUUCAUCGUUUUCAUUAUUUGAGUAGACCUCCAUCUGCAUCCGUGAUUUGUGCCUUCGAACUGUUGUACGCAUUAGGGGCUGUGGAUAUUAAAUGUUUACUUACAAACCCACUUGGAAUACAAAUUAGCGAGUUUCCGUUACCACCGAUGCACUCAAAAUGUCUUCUCAAUUCUGGUCAUGAAGAUUUUACUUGUAGUGAAGAAAUGGCUACAAUUAUUGCGAUGCUGCAAAUUCAAGAUAUUUUCAUUACGCCGAGUGGGGGUGGAGGAGCACGGCAUCGUGCGGAUGUAUCGAGACGAAAAUUUUCCGUCGAAGAGGGCGAUCAUCUUACUUAUCUCAACGUGUACACAAGUUAUGUAGAUCACAAAAGAUCGAAGUCGUGGUGCGAUGAAAAUUUUCUUAAUUAUCGUGGUCUAAAGCGGGCGGAUGCCGUACGUGCUCAAUUGGUGGCGCUAAUGAAGCGAUUUGGUGUUCGCAUGCUUUCCAGCCGAGGCGACAUAGGUGCUACGGAAAGAAUAACACGAUGCUUGGUAACUGGCUUUUUCUCACAAGCAGCGAGAUAUCAUUACACAGGAAAAUACCUCACCGUAAAAGAAGAUUACCCAUUCAGCGUUUAUAAGGGUAGUGCUGUGAUGUUUUCAAGCGAUUACCCCAAAUGGGUGAUAUUCACGGAAGUACUUGCCGAUUCUAUCAGGGACAUCACUGUUGUGGAUCCACAAUGGUUGUAUGAGCUUGCACCACACUAUUACGAGUUUGGAACGGAUAACGAGAUCGCUAAAAAACGGGCGCGCAAAGGCAACGAGGACAAUGAGAAUAACAGUGAUGAAGAUAGCUCG